CCACUUGGUUCUCCCCGAGAGAGUGUAGAGAGAGUGAGAGCAGCGCAUAAUAGCCCGAAAGGAAAGCACCGUUCGGCGCCCAAAACGGUGUCUUCUCUUCGCGGAGGGCCUUUUUACGACCGCGUCAGAGCCCGUGUCUCGCUAAGGGGGUGAAGAACAAUCGGUGAGUUGGUGCAACGAGAGAGAGUCAAAACUAGGAGCUCGAAGCUGGAGCGGUGCGUCGCGACAACGUUGACGGUGACGAAGAGAAAGAGGAGGAGGAGGAGGAGGAGGAGGAGGAGGAACUACGACGAUCCGUCACACGGCAACGUCCAGGGGAUGGUGCGUCGACGACGAUGACGUAAAUUUACGAGGUGAACGGUGAAAAGGGAAGAAAACACAGGGGAACCGGCGAGCGUGCGACGGAAGGGUGUGUUUCCCUCUGGCAAGAAGGAAGGAAAACAGAGAUAAUUCGAGAGAAAGGAAGGGAAAGGAAAGGAAAGGAAAAGAAAAAAGAAUACAAGAAGAAUUUUAUCGAGAGGGAAGAGAGGGUGUCGCGCGGUCGUCGAGUGUUUCGCGUCCGCGCGAGAAAUGAUCAAGGACGAGAAGGAAAGGAAGAGGAGGAAGAAGAGUUCGCUCGAGGGUGCUCCCUUCUUCGGGCUGCCGAAGGAGGAGGUGGGUAAUCGUGGCAAGCUUUCGCGAGGACGUCUCGCCGUCUCGGAGACGUGCCUUUUCGCGAGUUUACCCUAGCUCGUCCGUGCUUUUUGAGAAGAGAGAAUCGCUCGGGGUGUUUUCGCUCGUGAUGUGGUGAAUGGGGAGGAACGGUGGUGAUCGAUCUCGUACGGAUCGCUGGUGCGGAAGCAUUUUCGCGAGGAGACGUACUCGCGAAGGGAAGGAAAGGGGGGGGCGAGAGGGAGAGAAAGAGAGAGAGAGACGAAGCUAGUCGACGGCUUGAACGAGACCCACUGACCUAUCGACCCGCGAACGCGACUCUACCGUGGCGUCCCUCGCACCUUCCUUUCUUUUUUCGCUCGAUCGAAUCGCAGGAUUAGUACACUUCUCUUUCUCUUUCUCUCACACGCAUCCUUCCAAAGAGAAACGCGCGUCGGCUCGCUGCGCGUACACGUUGACAACAACACCACUACGACGGCGGUGGCGGAGGCGGCGGCGGCGGCGGCGGCGGCGACGACGACGACGACGACGACGACGGUGGCGGCGACGACGACGACGACGACGACGACGACGACGACGACGACGACGACGACGACGACGGCGACGGCGACGGCGACGACGACAACAACGACAAAGUGAAUCGACGAGUCGUUCUUUGAACGAGACCCACUGACCUAUCGACUCACCGAGCGCUUUCUUCUCCCCUCUUUCUAUCCGUCCACCCUUCGAAUACAACCCUCCUCGUCGUCAUCAACGUCGUCAUCGUCGUCGUCGUGUUGGUUGAUCGUCCUCGCGUCCAGGACGUUCUCCUCCUUCCCUCUUCCCUCCUCCUCCUCCUCCUCCUCCUCCUCCUUCUCCUUCUACCUUUCUUCCCCUUCUCCUCUUUCUCAUCUAUCACGCUCGGUAUCGUUUUCAUCGGGUGCGUCGAACCUUUCGAACUUUACCCACGUUUCGUUCCUUCGAGUAUACGAAAGGUGAAAAAAGGCUGCCUGUAGCAGGUAUUCCGAAACUCUCGAACGUAAUCGAUGUCACGUACUUCGAGAUCGAGAGAUCAUCGUGUUCGCUGGAACUCCAUGCCUUCUGACUGGAACUCUUUGAGAUCUUGUCAUAGUAGCGAGUAUCGAGAACCGCGAGAAAUUCGCGGUACGUCGACGAAAACAAGAACAAGAGAGGAAGAGUUUUGCAUCGCGAGGAAGAAAAGGACAAGCUCGCGAUUCGCGACGCCGAGGGCAUGGCGUCGAGAAUUGGCGCUUUCGACUUCCUGCCACAACUGACGCCGUUAUCCUUCGCGAGAUCGACGAUUCCUCCUUCUCGUCGUCGCGUUCAACGAUAGGCCGAGCACGUCGAGAAGCGUAUGCCGCCUGUAUCGAUCGUUCGUUUGUUAAAUUAUUAAACACGUCGUUUACGAAGAAACAUAAGAGAAAAAGUCUGAUUUCGCAACAACAACAACAACAAUAACAACAACAACAACAACAACAACAACAACAACAAACAAGAAGAAACUACUGAUAAGAAGAAGGUAGUAAUCGAGAAGAGCAAUAGACACGACGUACGUAACUCCAAGUGAUAGAAACGCAAACGAGGGUUACGGAACGUGUCAGACUGACAUCGAGACAUUAAGGGGAAACUGUCGUCGCGAAAAACUUUAAGUAUUCACGGACGAGCGCGCGCGGCCGACCGUGAAACCGUCGUGCCGCUUUAAAAUCGAGACCGAUCGGAGUCCGGUCCAACAACGAAGAAAAGAAAAAAUCCGCGAGACGAAGAGGACUGCGUUUGAGUCCUUCUCUAUCUCUCUUGGUCUUCCUCUUAUCGAUGAACUGAGAGGAAGAAGAAAAAAUAAAGCGACGAA